AUGGCCUUGGAGUAUUUCGGAGAAGAAACCCCACCAGGCUCCAUUGGCUUCCCUCUCAUCGGAAACCUUUUCGACAUUGGUAGCAAACCCUACGAGUCUUUGGCGAAGCUAAGCAGGAAGCAUGGCCCUCUCAUGACUAUCCGGUUAGGCUGUGUAACUUCUAAACCAGAAAUGGCUAGAGAAAACUUUCAGAAGAAUGAAGAGGCCUGCUCUAGUCGGAAAAUCCCCGACGCUAUCACAGUACUUGAACAUUACGAUCUUGCGAUUUUGUGGAUGUCUGCAGCAGAAGAAUGGCGACUCAUCCGUAAAGCCUUGAACAUAUACUUGACCCACCCACAAAAGCUAGAGUCACUGCAUGGCCUCCUUCGAGACAAAGUUGUCAAACAGAUGCUUCAAUUUGUUAAUCAAGCUAGCCAAAAUGGAGAAGCGGCGGAAAUACGCAAGUUAGCUUUCACUACAGCCCUAAAUCAAAUGUCUAACACUUGA